CCGUCUUCCGGUAGGACUGAAUCAUUCGGGAGAGCGAGGAGGGACGUGUGAGGUCUUUGAACGUUUAACCAGCAAAGACGAUAUCAUAGUAACUUAUUAUUCCACGGGCGAAAUGUAUGCAGCACGGUCAUUAUUAUGAAUGUGAUACUUAUCUUACGUAUGUCCUUAUUUUUGUGUCUCAUGUCAGUCGUGCGUAGCCAGUGGAAUCGUCCUAAAACAAUGUUCAUAAGCAGCUCGAAUUUAAUUUAACGGUAUAAUAUGCUGUCAAAAGAUGUGUGAACAGCUGGUGGAGUAUUUUCAGGGUCAGAUACAAAAGAAAGACGCUGCUGAAGUGAGAUGGUCACACGGAGUGAACAGUAGGAGCAAACUGGCCAAGGCUCUUCAAGGUACCGCUCAUAUGAUUGAGGCUGACAUAAUCGUAAGAGGCCAUGACCCUAAGGAGCCUAUCAUGGGCCACCCUCCUGACACUGACAGUGAUAUAACACUGAAGGAAUGGCUUGAAUGUGUCAAGUUGCAUGACAAGGGGAUCAAACUCGACUUCAAGAGCCAGGAGGCGGUGUCUAUUUCUGUAGCCCUGUUGAAGGAAGCACUGGCUCAAAUGACCUCUCCUGUGUGGAUCAAUGCUGACGUCCUUCCAGGACCCGGAAGUCAGACCAAACCAUUGGAGCCUCACGCAUUCCUGGCUGCUGUAAAGACUCUUCCCACUAACAUUGUACUCUCCCUUGGCUGGACCACAAAGUGGACUGCAGGGAUAGAUAAUCCAGGUUACAGUUGGGAAAUGGUGCAUGAGAUGCAGAACAUAUGUCAAAGCCUGGAACAUCUUGUCACCUUCCCAGUCCGGGCGGCCCUUUUGUCCCAGUCUGUCUCUGAGCUCACAUGGCUGCUGCAACAGUCGGACAGGUAUUCUCUAACAGUGUGGACUGGCCAGAACGACAAAUUAAAAGUGGAGGACCUGCUGCCUUACAGAACAUGUUUUGAUGUCAACAGGAUCUGCUAUGACCUACCAGAAGCCCUAAGGACAGAGCUGACAAAGACUUUACAAAGAUGAGACAUCAGCAAUCAUUAGUCAGGCUGAAAAUGGGAACCUUCAAACCUCUGGAAGUGUAUUGUAAUACUUUUUAAUUAAUUCAUUAAUU